AUGCCGAAAUGUUCUGAUUGUGAAACAUUGUAUUCUACAAUUAAAUGUCUUGAUUGUGAAAAUUAUUAUUGUCUAAAUUGUUCAAAUGAACAUCAACGUCAACAUUUACUAGAUUUAAUUGAUCAUAAAAUAAAUUGGACAAUAAAUCAAUUAGAAAAACAACUUUACAAUGAUUUAAAUAUUAAAUAUCAACGAAUAAUUAAAUCGGCCUAUCGUUGGAUUGAUGAUUUAAAAAUAAAUUUAGAUAAAACAUUAAAAAUUAUUGAAAAUAUGGUUAAACAACGUUAUGAUCAAAUGAAAAUUGAUAUAAAUAUAUAUAUUAAUAAUUAUAUAAAACGUUUUGAAUCUUUAAGAAUAAAUGUUCGACAUUUAAAACGUACAACAACAGAUAAUAAUGAUUAUAAUAUAAAACGUUUAGCAACAAUACAAUCCAAUUUAUAUGAACAAUUUCAAAAUUAUACAAUUAAUUUUGAUUUAAAUUAUUUAACAAUUGAUUUUACAAAAUAUUUUAAUAUAAAUGAAAAAUUUUAUCAAAAUAAUUUACAAUUAAUAACAAAAUAUAAAGAAAUAGAUAAUAAAAUACAAUCAAGUUAUACAAUAAAUAUUAAUUCUAUUAUACAAUAUAUGUGUAGUUCAUGUUUAGAUUUAUUUAUUUUUAUUACAGAUUUAAAUUAUUCAAAAUUAAUUGAAUAUAGAACAAAUAUGAAUAGUUGUUCACCAUUACAUACAAUUGAUUUUCCUAAACAUCAAAUAUGUGAUAUAUGGUGGUCAAAACAAUUAGAUAAUUUAUUAAUUCUUACAUCAAAAUCAGUUCAUAAAUAUGAUAAAUAUUAUAGAAAAAUUACUUUAAUGAUAAAAAAUGAUAAUAUAAAUAUAUGGUAUCAAAUAACAACAAAUCGUUUAGGUAUAUUUAUUUUAUGUGAUAAUAAUUUAAUUGAAUAUUAUGAUUAUAAUAAUUAUCAAAUGAAACCUUAUGAACAAUUUAUUAAUGAUAAAAAUAUUAAAUUAAUUCAUAAUAUAAAAGGACAAGAACAAUUAUUAGCUCUAUUAAUAUUUGAAACAACAGAUUAUUGGCGUUUUGAAAUAUAUUCAGAUAAAGAACGAUUACAUACAAUAAAAUUAGAUGAGUUUUUUAGACCACCAAUAUCAUUUUGUGGAAAUGAACAAGAUGGAUGGAUUUUACCUGAUAUUGAUAAAAAACGAUUAAUUUAUAUAACAAAUAAUGGAGAAAUUAAUGAUGUACAACUACUAUAUGAACCAAAUAAUGUGACAAUACUUGAUGAUUUUACAUUAGUUAUUAGUACAAAUAAGGGACGUCUAGUAUUCUAUGAUAAUAAAAGAAAUUGA